AUGCCAUUCCUUAAAAAGCUCAAAGAAGAAUGUGUCAAGAGAUUAAAUAUAUUGAAGGUCAUCGCUUCGAAAAACUGGGGGGCUGAAUUCCAAAUUCUAAUUAAUACAUAUAAGGCCUUAGUUCUGUCUAAACUAGAUUAUGGAUCAAUCGUCUACGAUUCUGCAAAACCACGCGUUCUAAAAUUAUUAGCACCUAUACAUAAUGCCGGAGCUAGAAUAGUCACUGGAGCUUUCCGAACGAGUCCGGUAAAUGCAAUUCUAUGUGAAGCUGGUCUAAUACGACUGGAAACUCGAAGAAAACAACUGAGCUUAUCGUAUGCAGCAACCAGAUUAUCAACGCCUUCAAAUCCUAUCUACGAGAAAUUAACUAACAUCGCCCAUUUCAAUGAAUUUAAGGAAAAACCCAAACUUCCGGAACCGUUAAAUAGUAGAGUCAAAACAUACUGGCAAGAACUAAAUAUGGAUACACCAAAAAUCAUAUCAAGAAUACAGUAUCAAAUUCCACCAUGGACGAUAGAUCCUCCUUGCAUACUCGAUAAAAUUCUGAAAGCAGGCAAACAAAUUAACCCAAACGUUCUCAAAAGUCUAUAUACUGAAUUAUCGAAUGAAUACCCGUACCAUACGCAAAUUUUCACUGAUGCUUCAAAAUCAGGACAGGGGACUGGAUGUGCGGUAUGCACUCCCGAACAUGAGAUCCUAUUCAGGCUCCCGGAAACAUUCACAAUAUUCACUAGUGAAGCGUUAGCUGUUCUACAAGCCUUGAAGUACAUAGAAGAAACAACACAUAAUAAAUCCAUCAUUCUAACUGAUUCUAAAAGCGUCCUACUCGCCCUACAAAAUUUGGAAACAAACAACACUGUAAUCCAAAACAUUAUUGAAUUAAAUGAAACACUUAAGCGAGACAAAAGAGAAGUGUUAUAUUCCUGGAUUCCCUCCCAUAUUGGUAUUGAAGGUAAUGAAAAGGCUGAUACAGCAGCAAAACUGGCUAGCUCCAGUACAGCUAUAACGAAAUGUGAACAGGCAACUCAUCAAGACAUCCAAAAGCAUUGCACCAAGGCGCAAACGGAAGUGUGGAAUGAAGAAUGGAGAAAUAGCAGACCAACUAAGCUACAUAAAGUUCGAAAUAAUAUACAUGACUUCAAUCCGGCGCUACUACUAAAUAGAAAAGACCAAGUGAAAAUAACCCGACUAAGAAUAGGACACUCGAACUGGACACACUCAUACCUUAUCACAAAAACCGAACCAAAUUCCUGCGACACCUGUAACGUACGAAAUAGUAUUGAACACAUCUUGACAAUCUGCCCUAAAUACAAUAUGAAGAGGAUCCAACACAAGUUACAAAACUCACUAACGAUCUUACGAGAAACAGAUUCCUGCAGAAAAGUUUUAAACUUCUUAAAAGACAUCAAUGUAUACCAAUUGCUCUAA